CCGACGUCGUUUUUUACGGUGAAACAUAUUUAGGCACACUAUUAUCCCUCUUUCUUUCUCUCCGUUUUCUUUCUUUCUUCUUCUUCUUCUCUUCUUCUUCAAGAUUGCGACGACGAUCCAAGUGAUAGACACUCGUUGCGAUGGAACUUGUAGCUGAAUCCGAGCGAACUCUGUACCCAUACGUGACUGGAUCCUCUGUAGUCGCUAUCAAAUACAAAGAUGGGAUUCUAAUGGCCGCUGACAUGGGAGGUUCGUAUGGAUCUACCCUGCGGUAUAAGAGUGUUGAGCGUAUCAAGCCUAUUGGAAAGCAUUCUCUUCUUGGUGCUAGCGGGGAGAUAAGUGACUUUCAGGAAAUUUUGCGCUACCUUGACGAGCUUAUCCUUUAUGACAACAUGUGGGAGGAUGGGAAUUCUCUAGGGCCGAAGGAGGUGCAUAAUUAUUUAACCCGUGUAAUGUAUAAUAGACGUAACAAGUUCAAUCCAUUGUGGAAUGCACUUGUACUUGGUGGGGUGAAAAAUGGGCAGAAGUACCUUGGCAUGGUUAACAUGAUUGGCAUUAAUUUUGAGGACAACCAUGUAGCAACCGGGCUUGGAAAUCAUCUUGCUAGGCCAAUUCUCCGUGACGAGUGGCAUGAAAACUUGACCUUUGAAGAGGGCGUCAAAUUACUGGAAAAAUGCAUGCGUGUGCUUUUAUACCGUGAUAGGUCUGCUGUCAACAAAAUUCAGAUAUCUAAAAUUACAGAUGAAGGUGCCACUGUUUUCCCACCAUUCUCGUUGAAAACGUACUGGGAGUUCGCUGCCUUCAAGAAUCCAACAGUGGGCGCUGAAGGUUCAUGGUAGCUGACUCAAUGUGAAAUGAAACAGAAUUUUAAAUGGAUAUGAAAUGGGUUCCAACAGGACUCUUCAAGGUGUUAAUGGAUAUUAAAUGAGACUUGAUGUUUUCAUAUUUAUUUUUUUAAGAUUCCUAUGGUGGUUCGAAUUGAUCUUUUCAUUAGAAUUUCUAUUCCAGUUUCGUUUCAUUAUGACAUUCAUCAUAGCCAUUUUCCCUUUUCAAUUGCUUGCAUAGACAUCAACGCGGUGCACGUGUUUGAAAUUAAUCAUGCAAAGAUUUGUCCACAA